GCCACUCUGCGGCUUUGGGGCCGGGCGAUUCCCGAGGGGCAGCCCCGGGGCGGGUCCCCAGUGGGGUGAUAAAAGGGACCCGGGGGUGGCCGUGGGGACAGCGAUGCCGAGCUCGUGGGUGCUGGUGCUGGCGGUGCUGGGGGGGGCCUGCGCCCUCCCCACCCCCGCGUCCCUCUCCUACGUGGAGGCGCUGGCGCAGGCCGUGGAUUCCUACAACCAGCAGCCCGAGGUGCAGAACGCCUUCAGGCUGCUCAGCGCGGAGCCCGAGCCCGCCCCGGGCGUGGAGCUGAGCUCGCUGCGGACACUCAACUUCAGCAUGAUGGAGACGGAGUGCGCCUCCAGCGCCCGCGCCAACCCCGACGAGUGCGACUUCAAAGAGAACGGGGUCAUCAAGGAGUGCUCGGGACCGGUGCGGUUCCAGCAGGACUCCCCCGAGAUCGACCUGAGCUGCUCCGACGCCUCCUCCGACCCGGUUCUGGUGCAGCGCGGCCGCUUCGGGCGCUUCCUGAGGAAGGUGCGGCGCUUCCGACCCCGGGUCAAGUUCAACGUCCACCUGAAGGGCUCCGUGGGGCUGGGCUGAGCAAUAAAGGGGUCACCGGGAGUGGCCGUGCGGGCA